UUAAAGAGACAAUUUCCAGAUGAUUUGGAGGACAUGCAUGAGCUGAAUGGCCCUGGGAAAGUACCCAAGAAAGAGGCAGAUUCCUCACCUCAAAUGAACAUGACCUCUAACGUAGGAGAAAGUCCAGAGCUCUCCAUAGAUGUAACUGACUUUGAGUGUGCCCUUUGCAUGAGGUUGCUCUUUGAGCCUGUUACUACACCAUGUGGACAUAUGUUUUGCCUGAAAUGCCUUGAGCGCUGCCUUGACCACGCCCCACACUGUCCACUGUGUAAAGAAAAACUCUCAGAAUUGUUGGCAAGCAGAAACUUUAAUAUAACUAUUCUGGCUGAAGAAUUAAUAUUUCAGUAUUUAUCUGAUGAACUCUCUGAUAGGAAGAGAAUUUAUGAUGAAGAAAUGACAGAACUAUCAAAUCUGACGAGAGAUGUCCCCAUCUUUGUGUGCAUGGCCUUCCCCACCGUCCCGUGUCCACUUCAUGUCUUUGAGCCCCGUUAUCGGCUUAUGAUAAGAAGAUGCAUGGAAACUGGCACCAAACGGUUUGGCAUGUGUCUGUCUGCUGAGCACGCAGGAAUUUCGGAGUAUGGCUGCAUGCUGGAGAUUAAGGAUGUCAGAACAUUUCCUGAUGGGAGUUCGGUUGUGGAUGCCAUUGGGAUUAGUCGGUUCAGAGUUCUAAGCCACCGUCACAGAGAUGGCUAUAACACAGCUGACAUCGAGUAUCUCGAAGAUGAAAAGGUGGAAGGUCCAGCCUAUGAAGAACUUACCAGCCUUCAUGAUUCAGUUUAUCAACAGUCAGUUUCCUGGUUUACUUCACUUCAGGAUCACAUGAAAGAACAAAUUUUAAGCCAUUUUGGGUUAAUGCCAGACAGGGAAGCUGAGCCUCAGAGUAACCCUAGCGGUCCUGCGUGGUCCUGGUGGAUCCUGGCAGUGUUGCCACUGGAACGCAAGGCUCAGCUGGCUAUUCUUGGCAUGAUCUCCCUGAAAGAGCGUCUGCUUGCCAUUCGGCGCAUAUUAGUCAUCAUCACGCGUAAGAUGAACAGUCGGCAGGAGCUGGUUAAUAGCAGGGAGAGAAAUAAUUGAUUAUCUCUCUCUGUCAAGGUUUCUGGAAGCACUUGUACUUUUGUGUGGAGCCGCUAGGCAUAGAGAGUAGCGUCGCAUUCAUCAUGCUCUGUAAAAUGCUUGUUGAUAGGGUUACAAAAUGGAACACUUAACAAACAUUGACUCCUUCUCAAAUCUUAAAAGUCUGUGCCUCGUGGAACCUGACUCUGUGCAAGGUUAGCCUGAAGUUUGAAUGGACCCCAUGGUUGGAAAAGAACCUAAGAGAAUCUCUCUGAAGCAUUCGCUCAGGGUAUAGUUCGCCGACAGCAGGGAACACCACAGGUGGUUUUGCAAGAAAAAAGGACCCCCCCCCCGGUAUGGUGUCUUGCUGCACCAAAUGGAAACAGCAUGCUUUGGUGGCUAGACAGAAAGGGGGAAACCACAUUUUUAUCUGGAAGCAUAUUUCUCAGAGCACAGGCUAACUGAAAAUCCGCUUAGGCUUUGUGUGUCGUUGUGAAGUUGUCUGUGAAGUUGAGGAAUCAAACUGUGGUCCUGUGCAGGAGCCCAAAUUAGUCGUCACCCAAGAAGUAGUGGCUGCCAGAUAGAACUGCGUUUUGUGUCCUGCGGUAGUUCAGAUGCUGUGCGUUGUAUGUUGUAAUCAAAUGAACGUCAGAAUACACAAAGGUGUACCUUGGAUAGAGAAAAAUCUGAGAACCAGUGUAGUUGACCUGAAGAUAUAUAUCCCUACACACUCAAGAAAGAGUGAGCAAAAAUUAGCUAAAACUGUACGUGCAUUGGGGUGUCAAACAUACAACCAAACUAGCGCAAAAAUUUCCUUGAAAGCAUAACCCUGUCUCAUUAAUUUGGUGGGUACUAAGCAUUUAGGAAAUUGUCCUCUUGCUACUAGGAUUUGCAUUGGAAAUUAGGCCCAUCAGUCAUUUGAGUUCACCAUCCAUCCACUCAUAUAUGAAGAUGUGAAAACCUGCUAUGGAAUGGGCAUCUAUUCCAGGAAAACACACCAGGACAAUAUGCAAGAAGUGGGAGGUAGGAAUAGGAUGUAAAGAUUCAGCAAAUUUUUCCUCCAUCCUCAACCUAAAACUUGUCUUUGUGUCUUUUAAAAAGAAGUUUUAGAAGUGAUCAGACCUGGUGUUAUCUAUUAAAGAACAAUAUAUGACAACUUUAACCUCUGAUGCAAGUUGGUAGUAUUAAUUGGGAUAAACAUUUGAACCUGAAAUACUGAAUAGUUCUUACUGGCCUAACCAGCUUGUGCAUUGAGUUGGCUUCUUGGUGUAUGAUAUGGAUAUUCUUAACAGAAAGAUGAUGAGAACCAGACCAGGGAAUAAAUCACAGCUGUAAGUUUUGCUUUAUUCAUUCAAGGUGUAUGAUACUUGAGUUUUAACAAAUAUAUUUCACAGUGUGAAAAGUUGGUUGUUUAUCAGUCCAUCAAGCAUUUUAUUAGAAAGACCUUAUGAUCGUGUUUCACUGUAAUUGUAGGAGUUUUCAGUAGCUAAAGGUCAGUUUCAUUAUGGGAGUGAGAAAAUAUUACUCUUAUGUAACUUAAUCAUAAAGAGAAAAUGUGAAAGUACUUCCAAUCAGAUGUUUCUAGUGCCUCACUUGCUGUGAAUCUCAAAUCUCAUCUUGAAAAUGUUUUAAAGGCAAUUUGGUCAAGUGAUUUCUAAAAUAUUUUAUUGAUUUAUGUGUUCAUGAUAGUAUCCAACCUUCUUAGGCAUUGUAUCUUAGCCUGAUCAUCUAAAAGAAAGCAAAACUGUGUCUAGUAUUCCAGAGGACCUUUCUUGGGAAUGGUUCAUAAAAUGAAUGGUUCAUGAUCAUUCUCCUUCUUUUUCUUCUGAAGAAUCUUUCCUACCUUAAAACGUAUCAUUGCUGUUUCCAACUGAGAGUGUGUAAAAUAACCACCGUGUGAUCAGUUUCCCCAGGAGCCUUCCUGAAUUUAAGUGUCUGUGCUCGGAGUACCAGUGCUUGUCCUGUAUGCAUCAGAUGCUGUUGCUUUCUCAACCUUACUCUGGAGAUGUCAUCACUGGCCCAGGUCUCUGACCAGAACCACUAACUUAUAUCUUCCUGAUUCUGUUUGCCUCUUUCUGAGUUGUCAGCUUGUUCUGAGUGUUCCUGUGUAAAAGCCUGUUUGGCAGUAAUGAUGUAGAUAGAACAAAAGUUUCUGUUGUCUUUGUCUUUUGACACCCAAGGGAAUGGACUGUGACUACUUCAUGCUCUGUCCAGCAUCUCACCUCUGCUUAGAGCAGAGCAGCUGAUGGGCACUUCCUGAGCACUUAAAUGGUUUCUUUUUCUUUUUUUUUUGAAGAUUUUAUUUAUUUAUUAGAGAGCACACACUCAAAAGGGCCCUAGUCGGGGGACGGGGAAGGUUCAGGGAGGGAGAGGGAGAAUCAGACUCCCCGCUGAGCAGGGAGCUUGACAUGGGACUCAAUCCAGGACCCCAGAUCAUCACCUGAACCUGAAGGCAGACACUUAACGUCUGAGGCACCCGGGUGCCCCUUAGAUGACAUUCUUUAUCAGGAAGGUGGACCAGGGAAAUAAUAUCUCAAGUUAUAUUAUGAGGGAAGCUUCCUUUUACAAACUUAAGGAAACCUAAACUCCAGUUUGCUACAGAUUUGCUACAAAUUUAGCUAAAGCAGUAGAACAGAUCCCCCUGCCGCCCCCACAGCUCUUUUCUAUCGUGAAGAUGUCAUUUCCAACAUUUCUGAGAAAAGGUCUCAUUCAGUGUCAGAACAUUCAAGUUUAAUUUUACUGAAAAUGUUCCAACCCUAAUGGUCUAGUUACAUCAGAAUAAAAACAAAAUCUACUUAGAGAGUGAUAAUAACAGUGUGGGGGAGUAAUUUUUCGUCUUUAAGUAUAUUACUUGAAGUACAUUCUGUACACUCUGUUAGGUGUUUUUCCAUUUCACUCUCCUCAGUGGCUUGACUCAUAAUUCCAUCCCUGCCUGUGUCUCUGGAAUACAACUGUGAUAUCCUGACCGGCAGUAUUUUGGAAACUCAUGAGAUUUUUAGGGUAUCACAUUCCCUAUGUGUCUUCAUCUUCAAAAUUGAAAGUUAGAAAACUUUUUAAAAAAUUUUUAAGAUUUAUCCAUGCAACCAUGUAAGUGGUUCAUAACCAAUUCAUGUGCCAACUUCUGGAGUGCUGUCCUCUUUUUAUAACCACAAAGGUGUCCUUUCUUCUCUUAAACAUCACCCCUCUUACCUCCCGAACCAAAAAGCACCAAAACUGUUUCAUAAGUUGUAUCUCAAUUAUUAACAUAUAUCAAGUCUUACUAUAGGACUUUUGAAUCAUCAAGGGAGCAAAAUUAUAGAUGGUAGCAUUACCAUGAACUACGAGUAUCACUUUGUCCUAAAAUUAUUUGAAAAUUAGUAGUUGUUAUAAUCAAAAUAGUCUGUUGCCUGGACUAACUGUAUUACAUAGAAGUCAUUAUGAUUUUUAAGUUGCUUUUAGCAAGUACUCAUCUGUUUCUUCUUCCUUUCUCCUUUAAUGUUAAAUUACUUUGAUAGAUACCACUCUAAAAUUUAGAUGUUAUCUAUAAAAUAAUGUGAUAGAUAUGAAGAAGAAAGAGCAUUAGGAGGGAAAAUAAAUGUGGGUGAGUUUUGUUUGCUUAAGGCAUGAGGUUUUAUUUUUCCUAAAUACCCCCCACAGAAUAGGGUAGGGAGGUCCCCAUCUCCAGUUCUCAGCAUGAAUAGCAGGCACAGCUUGCAGAAAGCUCUUUUUCUGUAGCUCUGCCCCAAGGAGAAGACCCUGUACUGAUUCUGUGGUUCAUCAAAACUAAAAAACCAGGGAAGCUAAAUCUGAAUGAGUAGACAGCUGUGCCAGCCAUAUGGGAAAAAUUGAACCCUGACUGUUGCCCAGUAUCACCUCGUCCCUACUGGGGCUAAUGCUUUGUUCUGAGCCAUUGUCUUCUGACUCAUAGGAGGUGUUUCCACCUUUGCAACUCCUGGCCUUAACUUCACCUUAACUUUGGCCGCUCAACUGCUAAAAAAAAAUUACCAAGUCUGCUGAAUCCCAUCAAGUAGCUUUUAGUAGUGGAUCUGCUUUUAGGUGAAUAUUAGCAUAUUGAGUAUUAGAAUAUUGCCGUAGCAUAAGCUAUUGAAGAAAUUCAUGAGCCACCACUGUAGAUAGACCAGUUGAGGACAUAGCUCUGAUUUGUGCCCAAGACUUAAUUUCUAAAGUUGGCUGGGUGACAAUGCGGAGAAGUCCAUGCCGUUGGA